GGUCAGCGUAAUCUUCCCAUUCAUAUAUUGGAAAAAGAACAGCAUUUCCAAGUUAGGUGGCGUGAACUGUGAACUGUGAACUGAAAUGCCUUGGUUUUUUUAAGGGUAAUAUAGUAUUAGAGUGGCUCGCUUGGUCAUCGGUGAUCGAUAAGGAGUAGGUGGUGCUGUUACUGUUACUGGUGGUAUACAGAGGCUCGGUCAUCGGUCAUCGAUAUGCAGCUGCCGUCUUGGACCAAUUAUUCAUCAAUCAACGGCCCUAAUACAUCACAAAAGCAACGGGCCUUGUGGUCCGCCAUUUAUAUAUGGAGAAAGCAACUGGAUUGGACUUGAUCGGGAGUGACAUAAAUAAUUAUUUGAGAAAAUCAAUGGAAGGGAUAUCUGUAAAGAUGGGUUUAAUAUAUGCCGUUCUCAUGUUUGUCUCUCUUCAUUCUUUUGUUGCCUCUGAUUCUCAAGGAGAUGCACUUUAUGCUUUGAGGGCUUCACUGAAUGCUUUGCCUUCUCAGCUCUCUGAUUGGAACCCAAAUCAAGAUAGUCCAUGCGCUUGGUCCAAUGUUAUUUGUGACUCUAACUAUGUCAUUUCUGUAACAUUGUCAGACAUGGGAUUUUCUGGAACCUUGACUCCUAGAAUUGCGGUUUUGAACAGUCUCAGAAUCCUUUCAAUGCAAGGUAAUGGCAUAACUGGUGGGAUACCAGAGGAAUUUGGAAAUUUGUCAAGUUUGACAAGCUUGAAAUUGGGAAACAACCGUUUGACAGGACAAAUUCCAUCUACCCUUGGCAAUCUUAAAAAGCUUCAGUUCUUGAUUUUGAGCCAAAACAAUCUCAACGGAAGUAUCCCUGAGUCAAUUGUAGGUCUUCCAAACAUGAUCACCCUUGAGCUGGAUUCCAAUCAUCUUAGUGGUCAGGUUCCUGAGCAGUUAUUUCAAGUUCAAACAUACAAUCUUACGGGCAAUCACUUGAAUUGUGGUGUAAAUUUCUCGCAUCGUUGUGAAUCUGACAGUAAUAACACAGAUGUGUCUAAGAAGUCAAAGCUUGGAAUGAUUUUUGGAAUUAUUGGAGCAUUAAUAUGUCUCCUCCUUGGAGGCUUGCUGUUUCAUGUGUGGAAGAAUAAGCGACGCGAUGUCUUUGUCGAUGUUUCAGGUAAGGGUGACCCACGAAUUCCAAUCGGUGAUUUGAAAAGGUUUGCAUGGAGAGAACUUCAAUUGGUUACAGAUGACUUCAGCGAGGAAAAUGUUAUUGGAAAAGGUGGGUUUGGAAAAGUAUAUAAAGGGAAGCUUGCCGAUGGAAGAGAGAUUGUUGUGAAGCGGCUGACUGAUUGUGCGAGCGAGGCAACUUUUCAAUCUGAAGUUGAGAUGAUCAGUGUAGCUGUUCACAGGAAUCUUUUACGGCUUAUUGGGUUCUGUACAACAUCAACAGAACGGCUUUUAGUUUAUCCAUUUAUGCAUAACCUAAGUGUUGCCUAUCGCUUACGAGAGCUUAAACCUGGGGAGCAGUUGUUAGAUUGGGGCAGAAGAAAGAGAGUGGCUAUAGGCACAGCUCGUGGGUUAGAGUACCUCCAUGAACACUGCAAUCCUAGGAUUAUUCAUCGUGAUGUGAAGGCUGCUAAUGUAUUACUAGAUGAACACUUUGAAGCCGUGGUUGGGGACUUUGGGCUGGCAAAGUUGGUGGAUGUAAAAAUGUCUAGCGUGACAACUGAAGUUCGUGGGACCAUGGGCCACAUAGCACCUGAAUACUAUUCUACUAAAAAGGCAUCUGUGAAGACUGAUGUUUUUGGUUAUGGGAUUAUGCUUAUGGAACUUGUAACAGGACAGAAAGCAAUUGAUUUUUCCCGAUCAGAAGAUGAUGGUGUCGUUUUGCUCGACUAUGUUAAGAAGCUGGAACGGGAAAAGAAGCUCAAUGCUAUUGUAGACCGCAAUCUAAACAGGAAUGCUGAUAGCCAAGAGGUGGAGAAGAUGAUUCAAGUUGCCAUAUUGUGUACUCAAGCAUCACCUUUCGAUCGCCCCAUAAUGUCAGAGGUGCGAAGGAUGCUGGAAGGGGAAGGUUUAACUGAGAGGUGGGAAGAGUGGCAACAAGUGGAAGUUUGUCGUAGACAAGAGAGAGAGAGGUUACAGAGGAGAUUUGACAUGGGAGAAGACUCAGUAUACAACCAGUCUGCAAUUGAAUUAUCUGAUGGAAGAUGACGAAGGUGUGGUGGUGGCGGUGGUUGUGGAGGAUAGAUAUUAAUUUUUAUGGAAAGAAUCCGGAAUCCCUUUUCCCACCAUUAUUUUAACUUGUAUAUAUAGUACAGUAGGUCAUCCAAAGGUUGGACUGUAAAGCCCUGUGAGUUGGACUUGUGUAUAGCCUAGGGGAAGGAAGCCCGUACUCAUCAUCGCUUGAGGCGGCUGGUUGUGGGUUCGAGUUGGUAACCCCCACUAUUGUUCCUUAGUCUCUUCUUGAUAUCUCCCUCUUAUUGCUCCCUCUUUUUAGUUUUCAUGUAUCAUCCUUUUAUGUUAUUUGUGAUUUUUAUUUCUAGUAGCUGAUGUUAAGGUUCUUGACCCUUGGAUUACCGUCACAGUUUGUUCUUUUCUUCUGUUUUAAGAUAUUAUCAAUUCAUCCAAAAAUGGAAAAAAUAUUACUGUC